UGGCGCUUUUUGUCUGUCCGCCACCGUGUUGCGUUCCUUGCCGAUGGAGGAAACCCUAGCCGCCGAAUCCGCCGCCGGCGAGACGCACGCCGCGGUGGAGACGGAGCGGAAGGAAGAGACGCUCGAGGAGGUGCUCGCCAGACACAGGAAAGAGAAAUCCAAACUCCAGGAUAAGGAAACAAGCCUGAAGAAAGCUGCUGCCAAAGGAAGCAAAGCUGAGCAGAAGGCAAGGAAAAAGCAGGUAGAAGAAGAGAUUACACGCCUGUCAGCUGAGUUAGAGGCGAAACAUGCUGCGGAGCUUGCCUCUUUUGGGUACAAACCCUCAGGCAGCUCAGAAAAGGGUAACCUUGACAACUUAGUGAAGGCCAUAGCUGGUGUUACCAUGUCCAGCAAUUCAGAGUCUGCAAAGCCCAGCAAGGUUGCAAAGCGGCGACAGAAGAAGGCAAAGGAGGAAGCUGCUCGAGAGCAACGGAUCCAAGAAGAACAAAGUAAUCUCGUCAGCGACCGCAUGCUGGAAAACGAUAAGCUCGAAAGUAAGCUUGAGCCCUUGGGGCUGACCGUCCAAGAAAUAAAGCCAGAUGGCCACUGCCUGUACCGUGCUGUAGAAAACCAGCUUUCGCUCCAUUCCAAUGGCACUGCACGGUACAGCUACCAGGACCUACGGCAAAUGACAGCCAAGUACAUGAGGGAACACGCAGCCGAUUUCCUCCCCUUCUUCUUAGCAGAAGGGAAGGCAGAGACUGGGUCGGAUCCCUCUGAGAGCUUCGAGAAGUACUGCCAGGAGAUCGAGUCCACUGCAGCGUGGGGUGGACAUCUCGAGCUUGGCGCGCUGACCCACUGCCUCAAGAAGCACAUCGUGGUCUACUCGGGCUCCUUCCCAGACGUGGAAAUGGGCCAAGAAUACAAAUCUGGAGGUAGUAGUGCUGGCGAUGCUAGCAUCAGGCUGUCCUUUCAUAGACAUGCCUACGGUCUCGGUGAGCACUACAAUUCGGUGAUUCCGACCGAGUCAUCAUAACAAAAGGAAUUCAAUAGUCUCUAAUAUGUUUGACUGUUUACUGGCGCUGCCCGUUGGAGUUCAAACACAGUAGAUGACUUGUUUUCGGCCCCUCUUAACGUUUUUCCAUCUUCUCAUCGGUCGAUGAUGGUUGAGUGUGUACCAAUCCAAUCAAAGCUGUAUUCGGGAGGUUGCUUCCCAAACAAUUUUGCUCUCACCAGUAAUAUGUUUCAUCAGUGAUUUUUUUUUUC